CACACACACAGAAACGAGCACCAACCCUCCUGACGCGGCCAUUGUGUUUAAGAGCAAAAGGGCCGCUGCAUUUGCAAAUGGGCAAGUUCGAAAGCCGCCAUAUUUGCCCAGCGGCAGAAAUGGCGCCCGAGUGGCUUCAAUGGCAACUGAAGCCAGGCCGUCGCCAUGUUUUCUGAAGGCAUCUUCCUGCUUCCUUCACCCGAGUCGUGUCUCUGUACGAGCGGCUGUGGAGUGAACUAUGCAGCCUCCCUAGUCUCCACCGGAGCCCUGCAGUCCUCACACCGUCCACUUUGUCCUGCUCCCGGCGGGGCCGAUCGUGACUAAGGGGCGUGGCCAAGGGCGUGGUUUCCCGGGGAAGCCGAGGCCGGAAGCUGGAGCCUGGGGCUGCCAAGCCGCUGCCCCGGCAGGAACUCCGAUGGCGCCACCUCCGGCCCCGCUGCUGGUGCCGAUGCCCGGGGAGAUCUGGCCUGUUUUCAGGAAGCCUGAGCUCGUGAGCUUCGCGGACGUGGCCGUGUACUUCUCCCCGCAGGAAUGGGGGUGUUUGCGGCCCGCGCAGAGAGCCCUGUACCGGGAGGUGAUGCGCGAGACCUACGGUCUCCUGGGCGCGCUCGGGUUCCCGGGCCCCAAACCAGCCCUCAUCUCUUGGAUGGAGCAGGAGAGUGAGGCUUGGAGCCCCGCCGCCCAGGAUCCUGAGGAGAGGAAAAGCCUGGGAGGAACUCCGAGAGGAGAUACUUCAAAUGAGAAGGAGCAGGGCCCCAAUGAAGGAACCAAGAGACUGGCAGAGACUCCUCCUGCUCAGUUGCAAUCUAAAGAGGUGGUUCAACAAAAGACUUAUUCUAUGGCUACCAAGUCCUCUGCAGGGGUACAGCUACCUCCCAAAGCUGCCCCAGGCCAGGCCCAGGUACCCAGCACAGAUGCGCAGGCCAGCCAGCGACGCCAUGUUUGCAUGGACUGUGGGCGCCGCUUUAACUACCCUUCUUUGCUGAUCAUCCACCGGCGCAUGCACACGGGUGAGCGACCCUACCCCUGCCCAGAGUGCGGCAUGCGCUUCAAGAGGAAGUUUGCGAUGGAAGCGCACCAAUGGAUCCACCGUUCCUGUUCCGGGGGUCGCCGUGGCCGGAGGCCUGGGAUCCGGUCUGUGCCUGGAGCCCCAGUCCGAGAUGACCGGGAUCCGCCAGUGCUCUUUCGGCACUAUCCAGACAUCUUUGAGGAGUGUGGGUGAGCUGAAAAGCUGCCUGCAUCGGGAGCAGUGGAUGAACUCGGCACUAAGAACCGAGGGAGUCAAGACUUGGGAAAUGAAAUACAGAACUUUGACUUUUCUCAAGAAUCCCUUGUAAGAUUGUGAAAAGUGCCUGUAAAGACUCCUAUAGAUUAAACCUCACACCCGCUGCCCUCUCUGGUGUUCGCGUUUGGAAAAAAGGGAUGGGGCGGAGCGGGGCUGAGGAUGUGAUUCAGUUGGUAGAGUACUGUUUUAGUCAGGGUUCUCAAGAGGAACAAUACCAAGAGGAUGAGUGCACACAUGUACACACACACA